UUUCAGCCUCGAGUUUCAGCUUCGACCAUCACCAUCGACGGAUUACCGCUUCAUAAUAGUUCGGCAAGGCAACUAUGGCCGAUUCUUAUGAAGGUUGAGGAACUGCCAGAAGCCCCGGUAAUGUUAGUUGGGGCAUAUUGCGGAUACACCAAGCCGGACAACAUCGAGCAGUAUUUGCGGCCACUCGUGACGGAAAUAAAUGAACUGCAUGAGAGAGGUUUGAUGUUCGGCGAUAAAAUGGUGCAUACUAAACUACGCAUGUUUGUCGCGGAUUCACCUGCUCGCUGUUUUGUCAACGCUACCAUUAGCUUCGUUGGAAAACAUAGCUGCCUGAAAUGUUCCUGCGUUGGAGUGCACGAAGCGAACAAGAGCAAGGAUAUACAAUAUCUUGUGUACCGUAUAGGUAAGCUGAAUAAAGUGGAACGUGGAUAA